CAUUUUCGCGCUUAAAUGGCGACUAUAGCUUAUAAAUAACUAUUAACAAAAAAAAGGACAUAAUGUGCUGAAGAAAAAAAAGAAAGACAAAAUGUUGGCUGGAUAUCUAAUCUUGGUACUAAUCACCGAACCAAAUGCCUCUAACACCAUUGAGAUAUUUCACCUAUAAAAUGGCACAAAAUGUGAAGUUUAAACCAACUCACAUAUUUAGCAUCACUCCCUCCAAACAAGAACCAUGGAAAACAAUUUUGUAGUACCCUCAACCAUUUACCCUAACCCUAAAUCGGCCCAAACCAAAGAUGAACAACAAGUUGAAGAGGCCAGGUUGCUAGCGAGGAGGCUCUCGAACGCAGCCGCAUUCCCCAUGGUUCUCAAAGCAGCCUUAGAGCUCGGUGUCAUCGACAUUAUUGCCACCAUUGGCGAUGGCUUGUGGCUCUCACCUUCCGAGAUAGCACUAAGACUCCCAACCAAACCUAGUAACCCCGAGGCUCCGGUUUUGAUUGACCGUAUGCUCCGGUUACUCGCUAGCUACUCAAUCUUGAAGUGUCGUAAUGUUGUAACAAAAGAAAACGGUCAAACCGGCAAAAUCGAGAGGGUAUAUACAGCUGAACCGGUCUGCAAGUUUCUCUUGAACAAUAGUGAUAGCUCAGGAUCUUUUGCGUCUCUGAUCAUGAUGAACCUUAGCGACGUCAACAUCAAGACUUGUCAGGCUAUGUCGGAAUCUUCGUCUAUGGUUAUGGAAAUAGUUCUAGAAGCUUACGAUGGAUUCAAAGAUGUAAAGACUUUAGUGGAUGUGGGAGGAGGACUUGGUAACACUUUAAGUCUCAUCACUUCCAAAUAUCCUCAUAUUUUGGGUAUCAAUUUCGAUUUGCCUCCCGUUAUAGCCCGCGCUCCUCUUUACCCCGGUAUAAAACAUGCAGCGGGAGAUAUGUUUACAAAAAUUCCAAAUGGAGAUGCCAUUUUUAUGAAAUGGAUCUUACAUGAUUGGACGGAGGAACAAUGCAUAAAGAUUCUUAAAAACAGUUGGAAAAGUCUUGAAGAAAAUGGAAAAGUGAUUAUAGUGGAAAUGGUUACACCGGUGGAAGCAAAGAGCGGAGAUAUAUGUUCUAACAUUGUGUUUGGCAUGGACAUGACAAUGUUAACACAAUGUUCGGGUGGUAAAGAGAGAUCUCUCUAUGAGUUUGAAAAUCUAGCGUAUGCAUCGGGUUUUUCACGUUGUGAAAUUGCAUGCUCUGUUUAUCCGUUUUCCGUCAUCGAAAUCUAUAAAUAGAUUCAACAUAUGACACUAUACCAUAUUCACUCCUACUUGGGCUGUAAUGUUUGUGACUAUCAUAUGUGUGCUAUCUUUUCUUUUGUAAUGUUUGAGGUGUGGUCUUUCGUUUUCAUAUUUACGGUUAUGAUGGUCUUUCAGUAUCUACGUUGUGUAAUGUUUUAUGAGUGUGAAAAUUGGUGUUUGCAGUGA